AACAUCCGUGUUCCAUUUUAUUAUUAAAUAAUAAUAAUUUUUUCCUGUUGUAGCUGUUUCCAAUCAUUGUGGCAACAUAAUAUUUUGUGUCACAGUUUUGGAUAAAAAUAUAACAUAGGGGCAGACAUUCUGAUACAAUUCUUCUCAGAGUUCAGAUUAUGGUGUAACACAUAUUUUUGUCCGGGUUAGCUUAGCGCCAGCAGUUUUUUUUUUUUUAAAUUCUUAUAAUUUAUCUUUAGCUUCAUAUUUAACUAGCAGUUAGAGUCAUAUGUAUUAAUUUUGCAGUCGGUAUUGAGAUAAUUUAGAUGCACUGGAGGGCGGUAUGUUUUUACGUUCCUGAGGUGUGACUACACAAAGAAGAAGAAGAAGAAGACACAGCGCGAGAGUAGUACUGCCAAAUUUGGGGACAAGCCGGGUGUUGUUAGCUGGCUUUGCUAGUUAGACAAGUGGGUGUAGGUCUACAAUUCCUCAGGAUAGGAGAAGAUGUCAGUGGAAUGCUCCCUGCCACCUCCACCGCCUCCACCUCCUCCACCUGCUCCAUGUACACCACCUCAAACGUCAGCACCAAAGAAGAAGCUGUAUCAGACUAUAGCCAGCAGUAGGAGUGCUGUAGAGGGAGAUCACACAGAGGCUUGCUUGCUGAUCAGUCAGAGGGAGACCAGUUUCAGGAAGGACCUUCAGUGGAUUCUGGUGAACACCUACGUGCCUUCACUCAUUCAAGAUGGUCCACAGUGUGGUCUGGUGGCUUUGUGGAUGGCUGCUCACCUACGGCAGCCACGGCUGAGUGUCGACAUGGAGACGGUGGUUCAGACAGCUCUGAGCAGGGGAUACACGGCUCAGGGUGAAAUGUUCUCGGCUGACAAUAUGGCCCUGCUGGCAGAAGAGGUGUGUGGCUGCAAGGCCGAGCUCCUUUCGGGGGGUCUGAGUGGUAAUAAUGCUGCAGCCAUCAUCUCACACCUGUGGGGGAGACAGCCUGUUCUCAUCCCCUAUGACGAGGAUUACAACCAUGAGCCGUGCCAGCGUAGUGGCCACAGGGCGCACUGGGCAGUCGCUUCAGGCGUUCUCCUCGGAGUGGACCAGGGGAGUGUCAGUAAAGAGCACGCCCAGCCUGAUCCCUCUCUGCCGUGGCUCUACCUCGCUGCCGACAGCUGCUCAUCUUGUCCCGCCAGCAGCACGGCAAUCAAAGAUGCUUACAUCCUGGCUAAGCAAGAUCCCAACUCUGCCAACAAGAGCUCAAACUGCCCCACUGACAUCCUGAAAUAUGCACGAAACAGUCGUGACACAACUUUUAACUCUUGGAUCAAACCAUCAAAUUCUCCCUGCUGCUUCCUUCUCGUGACAAUCGGAUGAACCCAGAAUCUCAGUUUGAAUCUCAGCUCCUCUCAGUUUGACAUCUACUUCAUUUUGCUCACAGUGUGUUUUUUGAGGAUGGAUUUUUCACAAAAACACAACAAGUUUGGGAUGUAUAUAAAUUACUUAGCAAGUUUGGAUCAAGAAAUUUCUGAAUUUUGUGUCGCUUUUUUGCAGCAUGCUUGGUGUUAAAUGACCUUAAGGACCUUAAGUCCUUUGUCCAGAUAAGUUUUUUUUUUUUUUUUAUGGUUGCAACAAACCAGAAUGGUCAAAAAACUUAAAAAGCAGUCCAACAAUGUUUGUGAGUCACUGCCAGGCACUCGUGACACCCGGCUACAGGAGCACAGGGUGUGAGGAGAACGCACAAUAAGCUUAUUUAGAAAUCUAAAAUGACAUAAAUGGUAAAUAGAAAGCAUAUUUUUUUAUUUACAUUUGUGACUGUGUGAAGGUGCAGGGAAGGUUUUCGUGUGUUUGCUAUCAUGUCUCAUGCUGUCGCUUAUUAUCACACUUUACAGAGGCACUAUCACAAAGUGCCUCUGUAAAGCACUUUGUGAUUUUUAUCUUGAAAGGUGCUAUAUAAAUAAAAUUUUACUUACUUUACUUACUUACUUGCACAGUAAAGACGGCUUUAAAAACAUUUUGACAGAAAAACAAUUGAAGGAGCAGGAUGGGCAUGUCGGGGGAAAUUCCUCCUGACAGUGAUAACAGUGAGCGAGGUGAAAAACCCCCCACUUUGAGCAGGAGUGGAGAAAUAAAGUUUCAAAUGUUGCUUUUCUGGCUGCUGUUGAGCUUGUUUAAACACUGCUAAAUCAAACAGGUUUACUUUUCUGUUACAGAUGUGUUGAUAGUCUGUCAUUCAAAUGAAUGCUUUUGUAGAGCAGAAAGCUUAGAAAAUAUGUCAGGAGAUAAAAGCCUGUGUUGGUUGUUGCUGUAUUUUUGCAGGUGCUGAAAACAUACUUCUAGUUGUGCAGGUCCUCAAUCAUCCACAUCACGGUAGUUUUAAGCGCUUCAAUCAAAGGCAGUUCAAAGAAUUUACAUCCUCGCUCAUGUGGCAGUGACUCGUCAUUAUAGGGCGAGUUAAAGACUGCCUCCAAGGUAAAAACCACACUGAAGAGAUACUGAAUACCUGAGACUCCUCAUCAGCCUUUAGAGCUGAAAAAGCCUUUCAGAUGGGAGGUGAAACCUCUAUAAGAGCCAUAAAUGUUCAGUUUCUUUCAACUCAAAUGCUCCAGACACUACAGGACACAUGCUGGUUUUGACCCGUAACUCACACUGGCCAUUAACGUGUGACAAGAUCAGAAGACUUGUUGAUUUUCCAAUGCUGUCAGAAUUUUGUGUAAUUGUUGGGUGAAAUCAUGGUUUUCUCUCUGAUUUUGAACCAUUGUUGCACAAAAAAAAGAAAGACGCGCAAGUCAUUUUGAUCAUGUGCUCUUAAAAUGUGUGAGUAGACAAAUGAAUGUGAAGAGCCCAUCAGUUUCCAUGGGCUCAAAAAUAAUCAGAUAAACUAAGAUAAUUAUAAAAUCUGCUCCGAUGAACCUCAUUUGCAGUCGGUGACUGCCUGAAGCCUGGCUGGAUAUUAUGAAAUGCUUUAUUUCCUCCCUACAGGCCCGUUACCAAGUAAAAAUCCGGCUUAGUUAAAUAAUUGUGACUAACCCAUUUAUAGGCUUACAGUUUGUCCCCCUUAAGAAGCUUGUAGGUUGUUUAUGAAGCACCAGGUUUGCAGUGUUUGGCUGAAUUUGAGCAGAAGCCAUGCACAGUUCACAAAUGUCCUGCUGCUUCUAUCAGCAGUCACACCAUCAAACACUCUUGAUCCAGUUCCACUGGAAGCCAAACAUGCCCAUACUAUAACAGUGCCUCCAGCAUGUUUGGCAGAUGAUGCAAAUCACGAGCCAUUCCUCAGUUCUGAGGCACAGUAUCACCUCUAAAUGAGGAAUUUCUACAGCCAAAAUUCAGAAUGAUAAACUGGCACUUUGAUUCCUAAAUUACUUGUAACAUUUUAAAAAAAGAAGCUUCUGUCACAUCUACAUAAUUUCCUUAGGGAUUAUUAAAGUAUUUGAUUCUGAUCUUCAUUAAGGUGGUUUCCUUGUCUCUGCACUUUUGCACUGCUAAUUAUCUUAUCAAACAAAAAUAAACUGUCAUCUAGUUUUUACACAAAGUUUCCUCCAUCGCAGUUUUCAGGGACAGCUCAACACAAAAUGAUUCAUCUGGUUUUAUUUAGAAACUUGUGAUAAAAGGUCACAGCUGACUGAACAGGACAUAUUCUUACAGUAGUGUUAAAUUUAUAAUUAAAUGUUAGAUCAUCUUGAUUCCGCGCUCUUUUACAAAAGUAUAUGAUUUGUUGUGUGUGCGUUUGCAUGAAGACAACUGAAAAAAAAUUACAAUAAAAAUCCCCCAAAACUCUGAAAACUCUCCACUUUCAUUUUAUUGUAAUCCACGACCUUCUGGACAAAGCAGAGAUUUAUAAACAGUUUCAACAAGUCCAUCUGUGCUUUCUGUGAAAAGCGCUGCCUUUAAAGUACAAAAUGUGGUCACGAAUCCAGUUUUCUUGCUUACAAAGCAGCACCCUCUUUGAAAACCUGAUAGUUUGACAUUUUACAAAUAUAGAGACUUUCUGGGCAAAGGUUUUUAACACUUUGUAAACACUAUACUAUCUGUCUCUCCUGGCAUGUUUACCCUUCGGAGAUGAAAAAUCUAAACUCUUGAAUUCGAAUUCCAAUCUUGUUAAGUCACGCGUUCACAGCACUCAUGUGUGAAAUGUGUGUGCCGAGUUAACCACACCCCCACCCACCCAAACAGUGCUGCCUGACACUGUCAAAGGAAGACUGGACACUUGACGUUCACCAACGCGUCACAUUCCCAUCGGGAUCUGAUGCACAUGCUCACAAGCACGGCCUGCACGUAUAACAGUGUCGCUUCUUUGUAAACUUUCAAUGUUGCAUACAAAAAUGUUAAAACCCACAUUCCUCCUGUCUAUCCUAGCUUAAUUAUGUUUACAACGGUGUCCUUUAACUUAGUUCUGUUUUACUCAGACACCAGUCAUCACUCGUACACAGGUUUUUGUUUUUUUUUUUGGUUUUGAGUUUGCGUUUAAGUCAGAGCCCACACGAUCUGAUCAGAUUAAUCGGGUAAUUCCAGUUUCACAGACUAAAGCAACACUGAUCAGAGAAUCGAGAUAACAGGCAGAAAUAUUUACGUUGAACAGUAAACCCAAUACUUAAACCGCUGCUGCAGACACACAGAUGCCCCGCAUGUUUUGUUCAAUGGCUUUGUGAGAAUCCAUAGUGCAACAAACUCCAGACAAACAAGGCUGUCGAGCUUCUUACUAAAAAUCACUGCAUUUUCAUACAAAAGUCCAAUUAAGAAAAAUCUGUUUCUAAGAAAAGUUAAAACUGUGGGAUUUCGAUGUAAAUCGAUUCAUACUUGGGUGAACUCUUUUGGAAGUAAAAUAGCACGAGUCCACUGCAACUGGAAUGAUCAGAUAGCUCAGUUUCUUUUUUUAAAAAAGCCAGGCACAGAAAUCAUACAAACACAGUAAGAAGGCUAUACCAAGGCAGGGAAAAACAAAACAAAGUUAAAUUAAACUGUAUUUACAUGCUGAGUUAGUUAACACGUGGUCUGACCACUGUUUUUAGUGUUGCUGUAUACUUAGUCAUCAAAAGUGGUCCAUGAUGGAAAAAAAA